UAGGAGGUGGCAGCCGCCAUUGCUCCGUGGGCCCUGCUGCGAGCACGCUCUCCGCGCAUGGGUUUUUUAUGCGGGAUUAAGCUUGCUGCUGCGUGACAGGGGAGGACUAGGAAAAGGUAGCGGGUGGAGCCCGGAGCUGUACCCCCUGACUCGACGCAGCUUCCGUUCUCCUGGGGACGUGUCCCACAGGACCCGCCCCGGUAGUCAGCUGCCGCGCUGUUGCUAGGCAACAGCCUGCGCGCUCAGAGCGGCGUGGGGCGGAGAAGUGGGAUUUGGAAGCUUAGGGUCACAGGGGCCCAGGGGCCCAGGCCCACCGACUGCACCGGGAUGGACCAGUACUGCAUCCUGGGCCGCAUCGGGGAGGGCGCCCACGGCAUCGUCUUCAAGGCCAAGCACGUGGAGCCGAGGGUGGGCUGGCAGUGUCUGCCUUCUAUCCUGCAGACUGGCGAGAUAGUUGCCCUCAAGAAGGUGGCCCUAAGGCGGUUGGAGGACGGCAUCCCUAACCAGGCCCUGCGGGAGAUUAAGGCUCUGCAGGAGAUGGAGGACAAUCAGUAUGUGGUGAAGCUGAAGGCUGUGUUCCCACACGGUGCAGGCUUUGUGCUGGCCUUUGAGUUCAUGCUGUCAGAUCUGGCUGAGGUGGUGUGCCAUGCCCAGAGGCCACUAGCCCAGGCACAUGUCAAGAGCUACCUGCAGAUGCUGCUCAAGGGCGUCGCCUUCUGCCAUGCCAACAACAUUGUGCAUCGGGACCUGAAACCUGCCAACCUGCUCAUCAGCGCCUCAGGCCAGCUCAAGAUAGCGGACUUUGGCCUGGCCCGAGUCUUUUCCCCAGACGGCAGCCGCCUCUAUACACACCAGGUGGCCACCAGGUGGUACCGAGCCCCCGAGCUCCUGUAUGGUGCCCGCCAGUAUGACCAGGGCGUCGAUCUGUGGGCCGUCGGCUGCAUCAUGGGGGAGCUGUUGAAUGGGUCCCCGCUUUUCCCAGGCGAGAACGACAUUGAACAGCUUUGCUAUGUGCUUCGCAUCUUGGGCACACCAAACCCUCAAGUCUGGCCGGAGCUCACUGAGCUGCCGGACUACAACAAGAUCUCCUUUAAGGAGCAGGCGCCCGUGCCCCUGGAGGAGGUACUGCCCGACGCCUCUCCCCAGGCAUUGGAUCUGCUGGGUCAGUUCCUCCUCUACCCUCCUCGCCAGCGCAUCGCAGCUUCCAAGGCUCUCCUCCAUCAGUACUUCUUCACAGCUCCCCUGCCUGCCCAUCCAUCUGAGCUGCCGAUUCCUCAGCGUCUAGGAGGACCUGCCCCCAAGGCCCAUCCAGGGCCCCCCCACAUCCAUGACUUCCACGUGGACCGGCCUCUUGAGGAGUCGCUGUUGAACCCAGAGCUGAUCCGGCCUUUCAUCCCGGAGGGGUGAGAAGUUGGCCCUGGUCCCGUCUGCCGGCUCCUCAGGACCACUCAGUCCACCUGUUCCUCUGCCACCUGCCUGGUUCCACCCUCCAAGGCCUCCCCAUGCCCACACUGGGCCCACACCACACCCUGCCCCUUAGCCCUUGUGAGAGUUGGUUUCAAAGCAGAGGUCAUGUUCCCAGCCAAGAGCAUGAGAACAUCCGGCUGAGCAGAGGAGAUUCACGGCCUGUGCUUGGUGAGCCUUAACUUCUGUGUGCUCAUCAGAACACAUCGGAACAGUGAGCUCUGCUGCCAGUCAAGGCCUGCCUGUGCAGAAUGGCGCUGCCGGCCGUGGUGCUGCUUCCCCGAGUGCUGCCUCCUCGGCAAGGAGAAGUGCAGAGAGUUAAGGUGUCCUUCUGUUGGAAACUCAAGUGGAAGGAAGAUUUGGUGUUUUAUUCUCAAAGCCAUUAAACACUAGUUCAGUAUGUGAGAUUAUAGAUUCUAAAAACCUCAGGUGGCUCUGCCUUAUGUCUGUUCCUCCUCCGUUUCUCUCAAGGGAAAUGGUUAAGGUGGCAUUGUCCGAUGGCCCUUGUUUUUGGGGGUCAUGGGGAUGGUAGCAUCAGACAUAGCCACUUUUGCCCUGAGGGCCUCCUGUGUGCUUCACAUGAGUGAGCACUCAUUUGCAAGUGAGGGAGACAGAAGUCUAAGCCCAGGGAUGGCUCCAGUUGGGGAUCCAACAGGAGACCCUCUCCACAUGAGGCUGGUUUACCAACAUCUACUCCCUCAGGAUGAGUGUGAGCCACAAGCAGCUGUGUAUAUAAGGAAACAAGCAUUCCUGGAAUUAAUUUAUAAAUUUAAUAAAUCCCAAUAUAAUCCCAGCCAGUGUUUUUUCCUUAUAAUAAUUUGAUAAGGCGAUUAUAAAAAACCCAUAGAAGGAAGUGGAACCAGAUGCAUAAGAGGAAAUGAUGGAAGGACUUACGGUAUCAGACACCAAUAUUUAAAAGUUUAUAUAAUAAUAAAGAGUAUGAUUGUGGUUCAAGGAUAAAAA